AUGAAAUCCAGCCUGUACACUCUACCAUUCCUCUUGGGUGCUAUCGCAGUGAGUGCUCAAAUGACAGAUCGCCAAACUUCUCCGGCACAACCCGGAGGAUUAGCAUUUGCUGCUGCCAAUGAUCGUCAAACAUCUCCUAUUGGUGCAGGAAGCAUGAACUUUGCUGCAAAUGGAGAUGAAGAUGGCAACGUCUUCCCUUCCGAUAUGUUUUUCCACCAUCAUCCAUCCAAGGCAAUGGCAUUUGCGCUAGCAGGUGAUCAUCAAUCAGCCCCAAUUUCUAAUGGUGGACCAGAGCUAAGGCAAGGACAAGGCGAGCCCGACGCUAUGAUGAAUGACAUGUAUCUUCACCACCAUCCAAACAAAGUUUCUAUGGCAGCUGGUACUCCACGUUUGGCUGCCGAUGCUGGCGAACCUGAUACUAUGAUGAAUGAUAUGUAUCUCCAUCACCAUCCCAACAAGGUUUCCAUGGCAGCCGGUGGUGGUCAACAACUGGAUGCCAAUGCUGGUGGUGGUGAUGUGCCAGAGCUUAAUGAUAUGUUUCUCCACCAUCAUCCAAAUAAGGCCAUGGCUUAUAUCUAA